AUGUCCAAUGAAACAUAUGUGAAGAACGCUCAGAGCGAUGUAACACCCAAUGAGAAAGAAAAAGAAAAAUUAAAAGAAAAAGAAAAAUUAAAAGAAAAAGAAAAAGAGGGUAAACAGAGAUCUGUGUCGUUUAACAGAGACGUUCACGUCAAACGUUUCGGUAAACCUCGUGAACGGAGUCAAAUAGAUCAGGGACCAUCGAUACGUAAGGAACCUUUCACACACUUAUCAGAGAAAGAGCUCAUAGAAGAAGCGAAUAAAGUAAUAGCACAGGCACAGAGCGUCACAUGCACAGCUGACCAUCCGCCGGAGAAAUUCUUCUCUUUACCUCACAGAAGAAAGUUCAAAGAAGACAAGAGCACAAGAAGAAGUAGUGACGACACAAACACUCCAGAAGUUACUGGAAAAACAUCACUCGGAAGAUCCACUAGUGAUGUGAUCCCAAAAAGGAAAAAAGAAAGAACCUCUCUUUCAACUCUAUUUAGAAGGGCGCAAAGAACUAAAAGCCCAGAAUCACCUGUCGUUGUGACAACAAAACCAACCGUUUCCGUUAAAAGAAGCAAAAGCGACGUAACAGAUCUCAAAUCUAAUACUAAUCUCAUAAAAACGAAACCGAUACGAAAGAGAUCUGGAAGUGAAACGGAGGAAUUCCUAAAGUCGUUACGUAACAAGAAAUCUCAACUGUCGCCAAUAAUAGAAAACUCUCCAAGGGAAGAUUAUUUCAAGAAGACAUCACCGCUUGAUUUGCUUUACGAGGAGAAACAUUCUGAAAAGGACAACUUUAAAUCCGAUGAUCAAACUUCCAUUGAUAGCAAAAAAGUUAAUCCCAUCGAAAAACCACCAAGAUACAAAACUCCCGAAAAACAAGAUCCUAAACCGCCGUUAAGAAGUAAAAGGGGCAAGUCCGCUGAAAAGGAAAAAUCUCCUAUUAUUUCUGAAACACCAAAACGUAAAACAGAAAUUAAAAAGACUAUUCUCGUCGAUGAAAUAGACUCUAACAAAUUCAAGGAUAGUCCGAUAGAAAUAAAAGAUAAAAUUAAAGAAAGCAUCCGUAAAAUUGAAGAAAACGUCUAUGGUGAUAAAGAAAUGAUACACAGUAGCCAAAUACCACCUGAGAAACCGCCGUUAACAAGAGGACAUACUGUGGGUCACCUCGUACGGAUUUUAAAGGAAGACCAACAGUCACCGCCGCCGAAAUCCCAUUUAAUAUCACCACUAAAUUCAACUAAUAUCAACCAACCCUUCUCUUACACGAAGCCAAGCGCUAGUCCCGAUCCAAACCUAUUUGUAAGGAGUACUAGUCCCGAUAGAGUACCGAGUCCUGUUAACAAGAUGACCGACAAAGGUGUUGUAUACGCUCAAGUAAUACGUGAUACAGACAACAACCAUUUCCAUAAACCAGCUCAUAAACUUCAUUCACCUUUAAAUAAUAAAUUCAGUAAUCUAUCGGAUGAAGACGAAGGUCUUGGUUAUGAAGAUAGGCACAAGUACUCUUCAGAACGUAUAAUGGACUAUGACUAUAAAAUUAACACUAACAAUCGCAAGUUUAAUGAUGCUUAUAAUGUGCAAGAGUCACCAAUCAGGCCAAGAUUUAAAGAAUAUAAACUUAUGAGUUUUGAAGACAACGAACCGACAUACGCCAAUGGUUUAAAUGGGAAAGAAUUUGAUGAUCAUAAACCAAUUGAGAGUUUCAGAGGUAGAGCGGAUGGGAUGGAUACGAAAAAAAAAGUAUAUGAAUCUGACAAUAAAAUUGAUUUGGACUUCAACGAACUAAGUCAUAGAAGAGAGUUGCUGGAAUCGCGGUUGAAUGCUAGAAGAUUUGAAAGGGAAAAAAUCAAUUUUGAUGAGCCAAUAUCAAAGUAUCUAGUAGAAAAUGAUCCGAUUUACGAAGCAGAAAAACGUAUGAAACAAACAGAAAAGUACGUUAAUGAUACUGUAAAAUACUAUCGUCACACUUUAGAGAGAGAUGGAGUUGAAAGUACUUUGACUGAAGAUUACAAAUACGAUUCUGAUAGUCACAAGGUUAAAUACAGCACAGAAUCGAGAGCUUACCACAAAACGCCUAUAGGAGAAAUAGACAGGCGGGAGUUCAUUGACAACUUAGACUCCGAGAGAUUCAAAACACGCAGAAAGGUAUUUCCACCAGAACCCGAAUAUGAACCACCGAGUCUCGAAUCUAAUCCUGGCAAACCUAUUUCAUCUCCAGAUGAAUAUAAAGAAAAGAAAUACAAAGUUAAAAAGCACUUUGCAUCUAGUCAUGAUCUCGUACAGAGUGGUCAGAAAUACAAAGUAAGAGACGAUUAUUUUGGAAAAAGAAAGGGUCAUUAUGCAUCGAAUCCUGAAAUAGCGCAAGAGAGAGAAGAGGAGUACGCUAAUAUUGGAUAUAAUACAAAACAUGAAUCAUACCAUAAUUCACUACGCCGCUUGAAAGGUAAAGAAAAAGAUUCAAGACGCCAUACAAGCAUAAACCGCCACGAUUCGGGCGAUAGCAGGGACUACUACCUUGAAGAGAGAUCUCCGCGCCGUUUUGACUUCGACAAUCGCUUAGUAGAUUCAGGUAUUGAAAAUGACUUCAGGCACAACUCCAGUGGAGAAAUUCAUAGAACUAGAAAAGGAAGACCCGAGAGUGAUGAUGACGUAAGAGAUACGUCCAUGUUUUUGGCCAGCGAAAGGCAGCACACUGAAGAUAACUAUCCCAGUGAGCAAAUAUACGCUAACAACCCUCAUCUAUUACACUACAAAGACUAUAGAGGUAGUGACAGAAAGGAGUACAGUCCAAGAGAUAGAAGCGCUGAUGACGGGUCGCUUUUGGACCCUAAAGUUCACCGAUACGACAAAAGUCCCAGCAGCCUUGAAGAUAAAGUCAGUGCGAAGCCGCCGAAAGCUACAAAGAAGCUUUCUGGACUGGAAAAGAUGAAACAGCUGUUCUCUCGCGACUCUUCCAAGAAGAGCAAGAAAGAGAAAGAACCAGUCCAACCGAAAAAUCGCACUCGGGUACUCAAGAGCCCCGAACAUCUUGCGAGAGAUGACCCUGAAUAUAGACGGUACACAGAUCCGGAACCCAGCGACAUAGAAGUUAGGAGACGGGAUGACACAAAAGAUAUAAAGAAAUACACUCGCUCGAGAGAAGACUUAGAUAAAUACAGAAGUCCAGUGAGAGAUGAUGUGAGAAGACCGGAAAAGUAUAGAGAAAAUGAAUUUAAGGGGAGUUACGAUAGAACCUUAAAAAGAGACAGCAAAUACAAGGAGGAUAGAAGAAGGUAUUCGUCAGAGAGAGACAGCGAACGUGCUUCAGACGCCGAGACUGAAAGACGUACGAGAGACCGCAGAGCUUUGGACUCACCAGCACUGGCUGAGAGAUACCGUGAACGACGGCGCCUGGCCACUCCAAGCCCUACACCGAGUCCACCCAGACGAGAAGCUUCACAGUCGAGCUGGUUCAAAUCAUUGGACAGACUUGGAAAGAAGAGAGAAAAGAAUAUCAAGGCUGAAAAAGAGAGCGUGAUCACAACAGAGGAUGAAUCCAGCCGUCGAGUGUGGAGCAAGCAGACCAAACCGUUGAACUCACCAGCCAAAAACCUGCGAUUCUUCGGAGAUACUGAUCAAGAAUCGGAAUCGAACAUCAAAAUAACAAAAACGAAACGCCAAAUAAAAAAUCACGGAACUCUUAGGAAGACGAUCUCAAACUCAAGCACCGGCUUAGAUGAGGUCGAUCAUAGUCAGCUAUCAAACAAAAGCUAUUCACUGACUAACUUACGAGACAACGAAUCGCCUAAGAAUAAGGAAUAUUAUAAGAAGAAUUUGAAGAACAUAUCCGAAGGUCAUAGCAAUUCGGAAAAUGAGAGCCAAGUUGGAAAAAAAUUCGCCAGCAAGCCACCUAUCAGCCCGUAUGAUAGGAGUAGAAGCCACAGCAGUUCCAAGACAUUAAAAGGAUCUCAAGAUGUGAGGAGAGUGGGGAGAAAUGAUGAGCGAGGCUCUUCAGAACUAAGAGUCAGGAAAGAUAACAGAGAAUUAAAAGCUCGAGCCUCCGACAGCAGUGCUGAGGAUUCAUCACAACGCAGCGUAGUUUUCCUACACGCUACUACCGUUGGAGACAUACCCGACCCCGGUCAGAUGUUAAGGAAUCGCUCCAGAGACGACGUAUCAUCAUUAAUGUCAUCAAACGUUCAAAUACGCAGCACUACCAAGAGUUUCUCACUUUUCGCACCAUGGACACCGAAAACAAACGACCAAUACGACGUACACUACGCACAGAAACCAAGACGAUCUAAACUCAAAGACAAUUCACACAAGAAAACUCCCGCCAAAACGACAGAUGAUAGAACGCUACAGAAAAAUAAAUCAUACAGCCAAACAACACUCAGCACGAGGCCAUACAGCCAAAGUAAUAGAUUAACAAGCUCGAGUACGACGUUGUAUAGACGAGAUAGAAAAAAUAAAGAAAGCGAUACAUCUCAAAGUACUAUACCAAGGAAAAGUACGAAGAAGAGUCAAUCUAGCGAAGUAUUGAAUAGGGAUGGGAAAGAACGAGUGGCGCGAUCGAUAUCGAUACCGAAAGAUAAAAAGGCGGGAUGGUUUAAAUUAUCGUCGAAAAACAAGAAAGAAACAACCAGAGUACGAUAA